UGAAUAGAAGUUCUAAACCCUAAAAUCCUAAAACCCUUUCCUCUCUCUUUCUCCUUCGUCAAACCCGAUUCCUCUCUCCCCAACUUUGACUCUAUUUGUCCUUCGGUUUAGACUCACCAUUCUCGAAAAUAUUACUUCAAAGGGUUUUGAAUCCCAGUCGAGACCGAGGGUUUUCCACAGGCCAACAGUCUUCUCUAUCCAUCAUCAAUGGCGGACGACGAUUACAAUGACCUUGACAUGGGAUAUGAGGAUGAGCCACCAGAACCCGAGAUUGAGGAAGGUGCUGAAGAAGAAUUGGAUACUAACACUGAUGAUGUUCCUGGUGAACCCGUUGAAGCAGAGGGAAAGGAAGAUGAAGAACCUGUUGAACGUGUGCGUAAAACCUCAAAAUUUAUGACUAAGUAUGAACGUGCUAGAAUUUUGGGUACACGCGCCCUCCAAAUCAGCAUGAAUGCUCCUGUGAUGGUUGAGUUGGAGGGUGAGACUGAUCCACUUGAGAUUGCAAUGAAGGAACUUCGUGAGCGGAAGAUACCCUUCACCAUCCGUCGCUACUUGCCAGAUGGAAGUUAUGAAGACUGGGGCGUUGAUGAACUGAUUGUGGAGGACUCUUGGAAGAGGCAAGUUGGUGGUGCUUGAAUUUUGAUGUUUUUGUGAGAUAAUAUAUAGCUUUUCUGUCAAUUGCAUAGCCGAUUUGUUCGCUCCUUUAAUCAACUUGUGAAUGUUGUGGUUGUUGCAUAACUUAUCUAUAAUAUUGGAAUGAAAUCACUUUUGAGAAACAGACA